CCUCCUCCUCCUCCGUCUCUCUCUCCUCUCUGUGAAGACAGGCACACUUCUCUUCCUGAAACAUCACCGAGUCAUUUUCUUGCGCCAGAAAAGGAGGAAAGAAAGAAGGUGGGGGCAAAAAGAAAGAAAGAGGAAAAAGUAGACGCUUCGGAACAAAGCGGAAUCUCGCGGAUUCUCUUCUGCACAUUGGGAAUUUCCUAUCUUGGGUUCGGGUCAGAUUUGCCCAUCACGAUUCUUUUCCCCGUGACUUAUCUGCAGAUGGACGCGUUCGUGUUUGAUUUGGAGCUCCGACGAUCUUGAAUCUAGCGCACCGGAGGUUCCUGGGUAGUGAAUUAGGGUUCUUGAAGAUGGUAUCUGCUGGUAACAUAGACACGCUGUCCACAAACGAUGGCCUGGGAGGAUUCAACUGUAAUUUAGAAGAUAGUUUGCAAAAUGAGCUUGAACUGUUGUUGCGAGCGCAGCGUAAUCAACAAGCACUCGAGCAGGAAAGCGAACUUAACAUCUAUCGUAGUGGUAGUGCACCGCCCACGGUUGAAGGAUCGCUCUGUGCCGUUGGAGGUCUAUUGGGAAACUCUCAUUUUAGAGAGGGUAAUAGUUUGAGGAGGAAUAGUAACUGCGACAGCACAUAUGAAGAGGAGGUUCGAUCCCACCCAGCAUACUUAUCGUACUACUAUUCUCGUGAGAAUGAGAAUCCAAGACUGCCCCCACCAUCAUUGUCGAGAGAGGAUUGGAGGGUGGCUCAGAGGUUUCAAGCCGGUGUGUCAUCUUUUGCAGGCAUUGAUGAUUUAACAAAUAAUACUCUUAAUGAAGGUGGGAAUGAUUCGUCAUUGUUUUCUUUCCAACCCAAAGGCCGCAGCUUUUCUGUACAGGAUGCAGAAAAGGACUUGAUGGAACUAAGAAAAAUGAAUAGACAAGCUUCUGCUGAAUGGCUCGGCAAAGGAUCGAAUGAGCUCAUUGGAUCGUCAGCUUCUAGGUUUGGCACUCGGAGGAAGAGUUUUGCUGACAUUCUUCAGGAAGGUCUUGAGCAACCCUCUAGUUUAUUGGUCUCACACCCACAAAGUGCUUGUGAUAUUUCUGAUAUCAUGGACCCAAUUACAUCCAACUCUCAUCUAAUGGGAGCCUGUAAUGGAGUUGAAUCAAUUGGAGGCAUCCGUUCUGGAGCUAAUUCUCCUGGUUUAACUAGAGCUCCUGCCUGUGGGACCUCAUUUCCACAUUCUUUUGCUUCUGUUGCUGCAUCUCACUCACGGACUAUGACCCCAGAGCCACAGAUGGCUGGAAGACAUCCUAGCACCGGUCUUCCUCCACUUGAUAGCAGGAUUCUUUUGCCUGAUGAGAGGAAACAUAUUAUUGGCUCAAGUAUUUCAGGUUGUCAUUCUUUGGCAUCAGCAGGGAUUGAAGAUAUUGCAGCUCCACUAUCUGAAUUAAGUUUAUCAAAGAAUGGACAUACUAAUGAAGAUUGUUUUCUACAGUCUCAACUUCAUAUGGCUCCAGAUAACCAGCAGGAUUUCUCACUUCUGAUGCCUAAUGAUCAUAACCAGAAUGUUCAACAACAUUUUGACAUUUUUGAUGCUAGCAAACCUUCAGGCUUUGGCAACUCAAUCGACUUAGUCAGGAACAAUGGAUCUAUAACCGGGCUCAGUUCUAGGACAAGUACCAUAGGCCAAGUAAAUUUUCCCAAACGAACAUCUUCUGCAAAUCUGUUUUCAACAAGGAACUCUUUGGACUUUGAAACUUUCGAAGGAUCUAGUGCUCAUCAUCACCAAGGUGACAAUAUUCUCAAUAUUGGUUAUAGGGAUCAUCCGGUAUCCAGUGGUUAUUUUGCUGCUGGUUCAGGUGUGAGUGGCAAUCACAUUGGAGAGAUAUUGCAGAGAAUGGGAAAUCCAGUAGGAUAUGACCUAAAUCAUCCAAUCGCUGACCCCUCUUUUGUUCAGUAUAUGCAACCAAAUUUCAAUCCUCGAGCACCAGCUAUGCAAAAUGAUCUUUCCCAAUCGAGGAAGUCCUUUGGUUCUUCACCAAAUUUGGAUCAGCUGCAGAAGGUUUACCUCGAGGCAUUGCAUGCUCAACAGAAACAGCAUUAUCAGGCGCCAGGUUUUGGUAAAUUAUCUGCAGCACUAAAUCAUAGACACAGAAGAGAUGUAAUCUAUGAAUCUCGUUCGCCAUAUUCUGGAAAUGUAACAACAAAUGGUGGAUUUUCUUCUGUUGGAUUUGGAAGCCAUAUGCUUCCUGAUGAACGAAUUGCACGGUUUACUUCAAUGAUGAGAACUUCAGUGGGAGAGUCCACUGGAUCAUGGCCCUCUAGUUCUGGCACUGAUGUUGAAGGAAAAUUGGUCUCAUCAUUAUUAGACGAGUUCAAGAGUAACAAGAUCAGAUCUUUCGAACUGUCUGAUAUUUUGGGUCAUGUAGUUGAAUUUAGCUCGGAUCAGUACGGUAGCCGCUUUAUUCAACAGAAGCUAGAAACAGCCAGUGAGGAAGAAAAGAACAAGAUAUUCCCUGAAAUAAUUCCCCAUGCUCGCUCUCUGAUGACUGAUGUCUUUGGCAAUUAUGUCAUACAAAAGUUCUUUGAGCAUGGCACUGAAAGUCAAAGAAAAGAGUUGGCUAGCCAACUCGCUGGCCACGUGUUGCCUCUUAGUCUUCAGAUGUAUGGCUGUAGAGUGAUUCAAAAGGCAUUGGAGGUGGUCGAUGUGGAUCAGCAGACUGAGAUGGUGGCAGAGCUUGAUGGUUCUGUCAUGAAAUGUGUGCGUGACCAGAAUGGUAAUCAUGUUAUCCAGAAGUGCAUAGAAUGUGUUCCUCAAGAUCGAAUUCAGUUCAUCAUCUCUGCUUUCUGUGGGCAAGUUGUUUCGCUUUCAAUGCAUCCUUAUGGCUGUCGGGUUAUCCAGAGGGUCUUAGAACAUUGUGAUGACCCGAGUACCCAACAAACUGUCAUGGAUGAGAUCAUGCAAUCCAUAUGCAGUCUGUCCCAGGAUCAGUAUGGGAAUUAUGUUAUCCAGCAUAUACUUGAACAUGGGAGAUCACAUGAACGAACUGCCAUUAUCAACAAGUUAAUGGGCCAAAUUGUCAAUAUGAGUCAGCAGAAGUAUGCUUCUAAUGUUGUGGAGAAGUGUUUAACAUUUGGCAGCCCUGAAGAGCGUCAAUUAUUGAUCAGCGAGAUUCUUGGUUCCACAGAGGAAAAUGAACCCUUGCAGGCAAUGAUGAGAGACCCGUUUGGAAACUAUGUCGUGCAGAAGGUCCUUGAGACUUGCGAUGAUCAGAGCCUCGGUUUCAUUCUUUCUCGCAUCAAGGUCCACCUCAAUACCUUGAAGAGGUUUACUUAUGGAAAACAUAUCGUUGCCCGGGUGGAGAAGCUCAUUGCAACUGGAGAGAGGCGCAUAGGGAUGACAGCCUCAUUUCCUUCUUAAAAAGAUAUUCGUCCGAAAUGCGGAAGGCUUUUUUUCCAUACCUCCCUGCUAUGAGGAAUAAUACUUAUGUACAGCAGAUGCAGAUGAUGAUUGUUACUGAUCAUCCUACUGUCGUCUUCAAGGUUUUAAGCUGUAAAUAAAAGAGCAACAUCUUACCUCCUGGUAUAAAUUAUCUUCUCAAGGUAAAUUUUAAGGUAAUUUAUAUGCAGAGGUCUGCAAGAAUAGACUAUAUUACUAGUAGAAAGAGAGGCCAUCGGCACUUGCGUAGCCUUUAUCAGAAUAACUGCCUAGUUCCUUGCCCGAAGGCAAAGUUCAAGUCUGUAAAGGGAAGUUAGCAUUUUUUUUUUUACUUUGAUAAUGUUCAUGCGGAAGGACAACUUGUACGUAUAUGUACAUAUGAUGGAAUUUUGGGAAAUAAUAUGCCAUUUUAUUGCAGUA